AUGUCGUUCCUCGUCGGCGGCGUGCGCGAGGAGCGCUUCAAGACGCCGCUCAGCGCCGACGCGAGCUCAUCCGCGCGGAGCCCGGGCACAGCUGGCACGUACUCGUCGACGCUGAAACGAUCGAACCAGUCCGAAGCCUUGGACCACGCGUUCACGUCGCUGGUGUUCGAGAUUCAGCACAGGCUGGAGCUGGUGGCGCACGUGCACAGGGUGCGACUCGAGCGAUGGCUGCGCAAGCUCCACGAACCGGUGCGCGCGCCCGAAUCCGUCCCCCGCGACCGCGCCGGAGUCGGUUCCCAUGCCCGCCCAAUUAAAAGUUUGUCGCUCGCUGAAAAGAUACUCACCACCACCUCCGCCCCGCAACCUCCUUCGCAGGAACACAACGCGACGUGGAAGCGCAACCGCAACAACCACGCGCGGCUCAUGCUCGCCUGCCUCAAGAUGGGCCGCCUCGAACCGCCGUUCGACACGCACCCGAAAGAGGGCCGACUCGACACGCUUCCCCCGCACGCGCUCUUCGCGAUAAAGACGUCCAGCGAGGCGCGAAGGCUGGAACGCGCCGCGGGGCCGACGGGAGACUGGGUGACGGACCCGGGGGUCCCGGGCGCGCGUCUUCGCACAGCUGGCGGCGGCACAGCCGGCGGCGGCACAGCCGGCGGCGGCACAGCUGGCAGCCCGGGGUUGGGUUUUGAGUCGUCAAAAUACACGGCGGCUCGGGGCGGCGCGCCCAUCCCGGGUCUGUCGCUCGGUCGAAACGCCAAAACUCUCGAGGAGAUGCUGCGACGGUCGUCGGACGAUGUCGAGGGGGACGGCGAGGGGGCCGCCGCCGGCGGCGGGCGGAGUUCCCCGUCGCGCAGGGUGAAGGACGUGCUCGAGAUCAAGGGGGACAUGCGCGAUUGGCUCGGCAAGGGCGCGAAGGGGGAACUCGCGCAGAAAGAGCUCGGCGCGCAGAAGGAGCGCGCCAAGGAGCUCGAGCUGCGGUUGGAGUCCACCGAGCUGCGGCUCAAGACGGCGACGGACGAGUUGCAGCGCCUGCGCGACGGCAUGGUGCGGCAGCAGAAGCGGCAUGCCGAGGAGAUGGCGGAGCUUCAACGAGCGCACCAGAGGGAGAUGUCGAUGUUCGCAAAGCUGGUGGAGAGCAAGUGGGACGAGCGCGAGGACGAAACCUUGCGAGCCGUCGGCGUGGGUGCCGUCGGCGGCGUGAACGGGACCCGCGCGGGGGGGGUUGCCGACGGAAGGGUGAUCAAGAGCGCGACGGGGGGCGCGAGCGUCGUGCCCGCGAUUCAAGUCGCGGGCGAUUUCACGUUUUCGAGAGAGCCCAGCGUCUUGGUACCCGCGGAGGUUGCGGGAGCCGGCGACGCGGCGGCGGAGUUCUUCGGGUACCUGGAGAGGUUCCGGGCGGAUACGGAGCGGAUCCGGGCGCACGUCGGCGCGGGGUAGGCGUCGCGACGGUGGCUCGUCGGCGGCGAGCGAGUGAGCGCCGCUUCACCCGCCGUCGGACCAAGGUACCUUCGUAAAAGUUAGCUCUACUUUGUGCUGGGGAGCUGGAGGAUGUGCGUUCA